UGUUUGUGUUUCGACAUAGCGUCCAUGAGCUUAAAUAACAAUUCCCGAAUUUCCACGGUACAUGAACGCAGCAAUACCCAAUGCUAACAUUAGCUGUUCGUGCAGUGCUAUGAGUUGAGGAAGACUGAAGUGCCGGGAAUGCAGCCCCCGCUCCCCCCUGAGGCAGUCAGAGAGCUGGUGUGCUCCUGUCUGCACAGAGACCCGGUGGCAGCUGACCUCCGGUGCAGCCUGUUUGUCGCCGCUGCACAAAACUACAAGAGGGACUCUCUGCUCAGACCCUUCCCUCCUAAAUACAUAAGUGCUGACAAUAAGGACUUUGAAGACCUCUUGGCGGAUGUGAACUCUUUGCCUGGGGUGAGAGAGCUGGUGAGACUGAGACCCAGAGAGGGAGAUCAUCAUCUGGCUCUCACACACUGGAUUCUCUCUUCAAAGAGUUUUGCUGUGAAGACACUGCAAAAAGAAGAGUACGGCAAACUUUGUAACCUGACAGAGAAUGAAGGGAUUUCUGCACCUGUGCCAGACUUCCUCUUUGAGCUGGAGUACUGUGAUCAGAUGAACGCCAGAUUUGAGAAGACAAGGGCGGGCAGAGACGUCUUCUAUGCAUUCCACGGGAGCCGACUGGAGAACUUUCACUCUAUCAUUCACAAUGGGCUGCACUGUCACCUUAACAAGAACUCAGUGUUUGGAGAGGGGACCUACCUCACCAGUGACCUCAGCAUGGCUGUCCUCUACAGUCCUCACAGCAGUGGCUGGAGAGAAAGUAUUCUGGGUCCGCUGCUCAGCUGCGUUGCCUUGUGUGAAGUCAUUGAUCACCCUGAUGUAAAGUGCCAGGUGAAGAAAAAAGAUUCUGAAAUUAUUGACCGUCAACGCUCAAGAGCAAAGAACAGUGAAGGAGGAGAAGUACCGCAGAAGUACUUUGUUGUAACCAACAACCAGCUUGUGAGAGUCAAAUACUUGCUGGUUUACUCUCAGAGGAGGCACCUGUCCAGACAUUCCCGCAGCUCCUCCUGGCUGCUCAGACACCAUUUUGCCAUCAUGAUGAGUCUCUACCUUCUGCUGCUCAUAUUCAUCGGUGCCUUGAACUCCACCGCCUUCGUAUCCUUUUGGAACAGACUAUUCAGGUGACAAGCCAGCAGGACAGACGGCCCUGGAUGAUUGUUAUCCACUGUGCCUUCCUGAUCAGAGACUGACUGGAGGCCCAAGCAAAGAAAAAAAGUUUUAUGCACCUUUCGACUGUUUGUUCUCUACAAUCCUACUUUUUAUUCUUUGUACAAAUAACUCUCAUUUCUGUUACUCUAAGAUAACAUAUCUCUUUAGCAGCUACACAUUGAUGUGCUCUUUUUGUUGAGAUGGGAAAUAUGAGCAUUCUGCAUUUAAGAAAUGUUAUGCAACAUUUUCACCUGUAAUUGUAUGGUUUAGUAAAGAUCCUGAUUUGUAGAUCAGCUCUGUUGCUGUGUGUUUUUCAUUUUCAGAAGACACAGUUUCACUAUAACUAAAAGGUUGAAAGAAAAAAAUGGCUCUGAAAAUGUAUCAUGUUAAUGCAACUCUGUAAUCAAGUGUUGAUAUCCUAUUUUUAAGAUGAAUGAUUUCUGUAGCAAUUUCUUUUAUUUGUUUGUUUCUAUUACACUUAAUUGUCAGGCUGUUGAGCAGGAACUAAUGUUCAAAUUAAAAUUAGGGCUGAUUCUUGUAA